UACUUCACAUCCAUCGAUGCACUCCGUCUUCAGUCGAUUCUACAGUAGCUGGGAGGUUGUGCAAGAUUAUUCCCAUUGAUCAACCGAUCGACCAGCACGGUCGUGCAAGGAGGCGCAAGUAUAUAUGGGUGGAGUUUUGUUGGACCAGGAGAAGGUCGAGCAGAUCAAUUUAUGGCUGACCCGUGUCUUGGUCCUCUUGAGUUUCAUCGCGCAUCUUGUCCUGGCCCUAUUAUCCGAUAUCCGCCGGCGUAAUGCCUCCGGCCCUCGGAGGCUCCUGCUGUGGGUGGCGUACCAGGUGACUGAGAAGGCCCCAACAGCCGCACUUGGCAAGCUGUUCCUCGACAGUGCGUCAAGUGAGCAGCGGCUGUUCGCCUUCUGGGUGCCGUUCCUCCUGCUGCACCUUGGUCGCCCGGACAACAUCACCGCCUACACCUUGGAGGACAACAUGCUAUCAUGGCGCCUGGUGCUGGAUGUGUUUGUAGAUCUCGGCGGAGCCCUCUAUGGUGCAUACAAGCAUAGAUUUAUGGCCGACGACUGGAAUUUGUGCGCAGCUUUCAGCAUCAUGUACUUCUUGGGUUGCUACAAGUACUGGGAGAGGGCAGUUGCGCUAAGGCAAGGUACCUUCUCCCGCAUACGCAGUUCAAACGAGAAGAAGCCACUGAUGUCAUUCACCGCUGAUCAGCCUGGACGGCAGAAGCUGGAUGAUGAGGAUGCGCUGUUUGAUGCUCACCGCCUGCUUGGUAUCGCCAUGGGUGCUUUUGCUUAUUAUCCAGUCAAACGGGAUCCCAGGGCCAGGGAUAAUGGACCAUUGGUAUCUUACUAUCAUUGGGAGGAUGUUUGCAAGGUUGUGGAGAUGGAGCUCUCGCUCAUGUAUGAUAUCAUGUACACCAAGGCAACCGUGGUCCACACAUGGCGUGGCUACCUCAUCCGUAUCGCCUCACCGCCCCUAACAGCGACUGCGCUCUUGCUGUUUCUCUUCCACAGUAAAGAGGGGCAGAAAGAAUGGGAUAUAAUUAUCACUUAUAUCUUGCUGAUUGGUACAUUGCUGCUGGAUGUGAGAUGGCUGCUCAGAGCUCUUGGUUCAGCCUGGACACAUUCAUUCUUUCGUGAUACAACAUGGCUCAAUCAAACAGUCUGUUGCAGGCGUGGGACAUGGUACAGGUUGCGCCGCUUCGUCGCUUCUUUAGAUCCUUCCUGGCGCUUCGGCCAUGUCAAGGAUUCAAAUAGCUCGUCGGGCCAUGUCAAGGAGCCAAGUAGCUACAGGAUGUGGUCUGGCACCACCGGACAGCUCAACUUGUUCCACACCUGCACUCAAGGCCCCGCUAACCCAUGGAGGACACUGAUGAAGAAGAUGACAUUGGAGGACAGCUCCAAAGGCCUCGGGGAUCAAGAUGAUAUUAAAAAGUCUUCUCUCCAAGAUAUAUCUGAAGCACUAUUGUCAGGAUGGGCCCCUCCUCUAAAUAUGGUGGAAGCAUUUUACGAGAAGCCUCCGAUGUUCGAUCAAGCUAUGCGGUUUGGUCCUCAUUUCCAUCAGCUUGUCCUCACAUGGCAUGUCGCCACGGACAUUUACCUAUUGUGCAGUAAGGGAGAAACUCCUGCCAGGGAAGAAAAAGGCAAGCAUCUGAAGAGCAAGAUCAAAUAUCUAUCGGAUUACAUGAUGUUCCUCCUGUUGGAACGCCCCGACAUGCUACCAGACCUUAAGAUCCGCACCCAGUACGAACAAAUCCGCCAUGAAUUGGAGAACAUAUGGUCCAAACGCAACAUACAUAACUCCAGCUUCACUGGCGAUGAAGCAAGAGAGAAGCUUGCCCUCACCAUCCUGGACGUGGGUGAUGAUAUCCAAAAUGGUAUUCUCCAAGAUGCUGUCAAAUAUGCCCAUCUGCUGCUGAAUAAAAUGGCUAGUGCUGGGACUUGGAAAGAAAUUUGCAAGGACCUUGCAUUAAAGGAAGAAGACGAGAAAAAGCUUAUUCUUUUGAUUCCCGAAUUUGAGGAGUAUCUUCAGCCCAGAAUGGGCUCACCUCGGCGCUUUCCUGAAAAUGACAUAGUUUCUAAGAGAUAUAUAGAUGUUCUGAAGCUGAUUCAAGAAUCAUGGUUGCGUGUGCUCAUUUUUGCCUCCAUCCGCUGCAGCAGGGAUACCCAUGCCAAGCAGCUCAGCCUUGGCGGUGAGCUAACAACCAUUGUCUGGAUGCUAUAUGAGCACCGUGACAUGGUUGAUAGUAGAUAACUGUCAAGUAUCUCCUCUGCUAUUUCUCAGCCUUAAUUUGUUCCUACUACUUUUCAUUCUGUUGGUUUACGUUGCAAGUCGAUCGGCGUAUUUGGAGGUCAUGGCUUUGCUCUGUAUGUAGUCCACCUAGUAGAAUCUCUACAAAGACUU